CCCGGAAGUAAUUUAACGUUGUAGAAACGUGAGGCGCUUGUAAGCUACUGCUGCUUUCAGUUCAUUGAAGACAUCCGCGAACACGAAUCUUAUUAAAACAUGAGUCUGUUAACCAAGCCCAAAUCUGAGAUGACUCCCGAGGAGCUCCAGAAGAGAGAGGAGGAAGAGUUCAACACCGGCCCUCUUUCGGUGCUCACCCAGUCUGUGAAAAAUAACACACAAGUUCUGAUCAACUGUCGCAAUAACAAGAAGCUGCUGGGCCGAGUCAAAGCAUUUGACAGGCAUUGUAACAUGGUGCUGGAGAAUGUGAAAGAAAUGUGGACCGAGGUGCCCAAGAGUGGCAAAGGCAAGAAGAAGUCCAAGCCAGUCAAUAAGGAUCGCUACAUCUCAAAGAUGUUCCUGAGAGGCGAUUCUGUCAUCGUGGUGUUGAGGAACCCACUCAUCACAGGGAAAUAGACUUGACACAUAACUGUCUCCUGAGACGCUCUUCAGCCAGCUCGAAUGAGAGCUGAACUCGCAUUGACUUCUCAGCCCAUGUUUAUUAGGCAGUGCAUCAAAUUAAAUAUUUUCCAUUUAACGAGACAGUGCACCUAACAAUUUGUCUGGUGCUGUGAUGGAAUUUUGCUGGAGAAAUUUAAAAUGUUUGUCGUCAUCGUGAGAGAUUGCCUGGUCAAAGAUGAAAAUGUAGAAUUUUUUUUUUGUAUUUUUUUGCUCAUCUUUUGUUUUGAAGUUAUAUAAAAAAAAAAGUACUAUUGUUUAGGCACACAUGAGUUAAAUUGUUUUUUUUUAUUGUUUUUUUAAAUAAACUUUUGGCUAUUCA